UUUCCCGCAUUUCUCUCCCCCGCAGUCUCUCUUACCUCCGUCAGACUGUGUCUGCACAUACGAGGCGAAAAUGUCGACUUCCAGCCUCCCUCAUGGAAUCUUUACUCGGUUCGGGAAUCUUUGACCCAGCACCGGAACGUUCAACGGCUGCUCUGCUUUCCUGUCGUAAGCGACUCGAGGUGACAACCUCCGUUUCCGGUUGGCUCCUGCUGGAGAGUUGAAUGUCCUGAGAGGUCAGGUUGCUGUCAGACAUGGCCCAUGGGCAUGGACAUGAACAUGGUCAUAGUAAAAUGGAACUUCCAGACUAUAAACAAUGGAAGAUAGAAGGGACACCAUUAGAAACUGUCCAGAAAAAGCUGGCUGCACAGGGACUGAGGGACCCAUGGGGACGCAAUGAAGCUUGGAGAUACAUGGGUGGCUUUGCGAACAAUGUUUCCUUUGUUGGUGCAUUAUUAAAAGGAUUCAAAUGGGGAUUUGCUGCAUUUGUGGUAGCUGCAGGGGCUGAAUACUACCUGAUGUCCCAAAAUAAAGAUGAGAAGCAUCACUGAAGAUAUUAUGUGCAAGGAUCUUAGUGGCUUCUUAACUCUCCAAAAUAAUAUUUCUUAACUGUAACCUACUUUUCUGUGUGUUUGAUCCUUCAAGAAUAUUAGUAAGAGUUAAUAAAGAAAAACAUACACCA